CUUUUCUUCACGCACUUCUGGUACCUGAGUUACCUGCAAUACUUCCGAAGCGAUUGAUUAAUUGGCCACGCCGUCCGGUUCCUGCACGCAAUUGACUCCGUAGAACUUGUACCCCUCAUUCUUCCCUCUCCGUGGCGCGGCUUCGAGCACGAACUGUCCUCUCAGCCUGUAAGACUCACCGCAAAUCAGAAUCUGCCGGGGUACAGCAAUCUCGAGUCCUCACACCAUGGCUCCAUCGGCCGAGCCCACCACAACCAGCAUGCCUUCCGCAGAGCCAAAACACGCCAGCGACGAUGUGCGCGUCCUCGGCUACGACCCAUUGAUCCCGCCUGCGCUCCUCUCCUCCGAAAUCCCAAUAACUCCCAAGUCGGAAAAGACAGUCCUGCAGGGCCGCAAAGAAGCCGUCCAGAUCAUCACCCAGAAAGAUGACCGCCUCCUCGUCAUGGUCGGGCCCUGCUCGAUCCACGACCCCGAAAUGGCCCUCGAGUACUGUCGGCGGCUGAAGGCCACAGCAGAUAGACUGAACAAGGAUCUCCUGAUCAUAAUGCGCGCCUACCUCGAGAAGCCGCGGACGACGGUCGGCUGGAAGGGCCUCAUCAACGACCCGGACAUCAACGAGAGCUACCAGAUCAACAAGGGCCUUCGCGUCUCGCGCAAGUUGUACAGCGACCUCACAUCGCUCGGCAUGCCCAUUGCUUCCGAGAUGCUGGAUACUAUCUCGCCGCAGUUCCUCGCUGAUCUCAUCUCGCUCGGUGCUAUCGGUGCGCGCACUACGGAGUCACAGUUGCACCGGGAAUUGGCCUCAGGUCUCUCUUUCCCGAUUGGUUUCAAGAAUGGUACGGAUGGCGGCCUGACAGUGGCUGUGGAUGCGAUUGGAGCUGCAGCUGCGAAGCAUCACUUCAUGGGUGUGACAAAGCAGGGUCUUGCCGCAAUCACCAGGACGAGCGGGAACGAGCAUUGCUUUGUUAUUCUCCGCGGCGGAACGAAAGGGACCAACUACGACAAGGACAGCAUCAAGGCGGCCAGGGAAGCUUUGAGGAAGAAGGGCCAGGCCGAGGUCAUGAUGGUUGACUGCUCACAUGGCAACUCCAACAAGGACCACCGGAAUCAGCCCAAGGUCGCCAAGACCGUCGCCGACCAAAUCCGCGAAGGCGAGACCGGCAUCGUCGGCCUCAUGAUCGAAUCCAACAUCAACGAGGGCAAUCAGAAGGUACCCUCAGAGGGUCCAAGCGCUCUGAAGAAGGGCGUCUCCAUCACAGACGCCUGCAUAGAUUGGGAAACGACUGUUACUGUUCUGGAUGACCUGGCCGCUGCUGUUCGGGAACGAAGAGAAAAGAAGGGCACAUCGAAUGGUGUCCACUAAAGAGCGAUAGAACAAAAAGUGUGAAAGUG